CCAGCUAUGUACAAAUGACAAUAAAAGCCUUGAAUCUUGAAACUCACAUGAUCUUUCUCCAGUCCACACAGAAGGAAAAUCUGUGGGUCUAUGCCAAGUACCUGUAUGAUGCAAUGGGACAGCGGAUCAGACUCAUGGAGCUGGGGACCUAUGAGAAUAAGACGUUCAGCUACGACGUUCUCCUGCUCUACAGAGAGGCUACCAUGUAUGAGAUUCACAGGCACAACCGCACAUGCAACAAAAGGCCUCUGAAGGGAGACUUCCAACCCAUGGUUAUCCCAAAAGAUGCGUCUCUGUUGGGCCAGGUUAUUUUAGGCAGCUCUUCCGGACCUGGAGAAGGACUCCUGGUCAACACUUGGACGGGGGAUCUCCCCGAGAAAGCAGGGAAGUUCAUGAGCACAGUGACUGAAUUUGGUUGCAUUCCUGUCACUACUGUGUUCCACACCGACCAGUUUGGAUGGGUGUUGUUUAGCUACUUUGACAAUGUCAUUGGGAUUUUGGACCCCCAAGAGCUUAACCCUCCAGCCUACUGCCAGCACGCGGAGAUGAAGGCUGGUGAUGAAGAGCCAGUGGACUUCUUCAGCUUGUUCAAUAAUAAGCACUGAGGGACACCUUUAACAUACCAUUUCAAAUGAAACAAAUAGAUCAUAGCCUUUUACUCCUGGAAAAAAUGUCAACAAAAUGAUGCAACCUAGACGGAUUUUUGAAAACUUUUUUCUUUUACAAUGUUCUGUCUUGAACUUAAGGCUGGAAUUAUGAAUGUUUUCUGAAGUAAAAUUGCCAUGUCACUUAAUCUUGUGAUUUCUAUCAAUAAAGAUAUAUGUAUAAAAAGCACA